AUGCAAGCCGGCAGGGUGAGGAUGGCUGGUGUAGCAGGUAGAACUGCUGUACCAGCUAUCUUCGCGUCUGGAUUCCACAGUCAUUUAACAUCAGUCCUACUAGAAUAUGAUUUUCAGGUGGCACAUUAUUCAAAAGAAAUCUAUAAUGGCACAUUCACGGAAUACCUUCUGGAUUCGACCGUGCCAGAUCCCGGCCUCCGAUGUGGAUACGCUGCUUCUUCACUGCUCAUUGAAAGUAUCAACGCAAGUGAGGUUUUGCUACCGGUCAUGCUGUGGGUGUCCGAUAAAAGUAACAGCAGCAUGAUGUUGAUGCUAGAGACGGGAGUGGCGGAGCUGGGCGGAGGCGUGCUGCGACCAAUGACCACGCGCAUUACACGGGUAGACUACAUCAUGCCCAUCUGGCUGUUUAGUGUCGGGUUCACGUACUUGGCUGAGCGUGAGAGCAGCAGUAAUAUGUACGUGGAGCCCUUCACGGCCGCUGUUUGGGGUUGCUGUCUUGUGGUGGGAGUUACUCUUGCGCUGGCACAGUGGCUCACGUCCAGGAAUGUGGAGGAGAGGGAAGGUGCUUUUAUGGCUGUACUGGCUACGUGGUUGCAACAAGAUGCAAGCGCUGUACCCAGCAGCCUCUCUGGUAGGUGGACUUUCACGGUCCUAUCAGUCUGUUCAAUGCUGGUUCACGCCUAUUAUACAUCGGCCAUCGUAUCUGCGUUGAUGAGCUCUGGACGCGGCGGACCACGAACUCUGACGCAGCUGGCUGACUCAAGAUACGCUAUAGCAAGCGACGAUCAUGACUUCAUUCGUUCCAUCAUGUUUGAUGUAAAAACGAAUUGGACCGAUUUGGAAUAUCUAAAGAAGAAGAAGGUCACGCCUAAGUUCUACCAGGACAUCAAGUACGGGGUCCAGCUGGUGCAGCAGGGGUACACCGCUUACCAUGCGGAAUACCACCAGCUGUAUCCGUAUUUGAACAUCUUGAGUGACGCUGAUAUCUGCAAGAUGCAGCAUGUCGACACUAUACCAGAGAUUUCGUCUGAUCUCCAGAUGAUGUCUUGGGUAACCGCUGCUCGUAAAGGUCAGUACACGAACCUCCUCCGCAUCGCAGGAGCUUGGCUUCAAGAGACUGGCCACGCCAAAAGGCUUAUAAGUCGGAUGCGGAUCCAACCACCUCCGUGCAGAGCUGCAAUGCUGGCUGAACGAGUUACCUUCUGGGACGUAAUGCCUCUUUUGGGUUUGACUGCUUUGGCGGCAGUGGCAUCGUUCUGCCUUCUUGGCUUGGAGAUUCUCGUAGCUAAAUGGAGGAGACACCAUAGCUAUAAUGUGUAA